GGGAGAGCCGGGAGAGCAGAGCAGGAGCUGCCUCAAAUGCUUGAAAUAAUUCCGCUUCCGUUCAGAGCUGGGAGCAGCCUCCCACGGCAUCGGGACCUCGGACCCGUCUGCUCCAUCCCCUAGCGCCUGCGGCGGCUGGGCCAUCAUGGCAACCUCCCCUCAGAAGUCUCCUUCUUCCCCUAAGUCCCCUAAAUCUCCCCCGUCCAGAAAGAAAGAUGACUCCUUCCUGGGCAAGCUCGGCGGCACGCUGGCGAGGAGGAAAAAAGCCAAAGAAGUAUCUGAAUUACAGGAAGAAGGAAUAAAUGCCAUUAACUUACCUCUUAGUCCGAUUCCAUUCGAACUAGACCCUGAGGACACUAUGCUAGAAGAAAAUGAAGUUCGAACAAUGGUUGAUCCAAAUUCAAGAAAUGACCCAAAAUUACAAGAACUAAUGAAGGUAUUAAUUGACUGGAUUAAUGAUGUGCUGGUAGGAGAAAGGAUCAUUGUGAAAGACUUGGCUGAAGACCUGUAUGAUGGACAAGUGCUGCAGAAAUUAUUUGAGAAACUUGAAAGUGAGAAACUGAAUGUUGCUGAAGUUACUCAGUCUGAAAUUGCUCAGAAACAGAAGCUACAGACAGUGCUUGAAAAGAUCAAUGAAACCCUUAAACUCCCUCCAAGAAGCAUUAAAUGGAACGUUGACUCUGUUCAUGGUAAAAGUCUCGUAGCAAUACUUCAUCUUCUGGUGGCAUUGUCACAGUAUUUUAGAGCACCAAUCAGACUCCCAGAUCAUGUGUCCAUUCAGGUGGUUGUCGUACAGAAACGAGAAGGAAUCCUCCAGUCUCGACAAAUCCAAGAGGAAAUAACUGGUAACACUGAGGCAUUAUCAGGAAGGCAUGAAAGAGAUGCUUUUGACACUUUGUUUGACCAUGCUCCAGACAAGCUCAAUGUAGUGAAAAAGACCCUCAUCACCUUUGUGAACAAGCAUCUUAAUAAACUGAAUUUGGAAGUCACUGAACUGGAGACCCAGUUUGCAGAUGGUGUGUAUUUAGUCCUGCUAAUGGGUCUCCUAGAAGGCUACUUUGUUCCUCUGCACAGCUUUUUCUUGACUCCCGAUAGUUUUGAACAAAAGGUCCUUAAUGUAUCCUUUGCAUUUGAGCUAAUGCAAGAUGGUGGAUUGGAAAAACCAAAGCCAAGACCAGAAGAUAUUGUAAAUUGUGACUUGAAGUCUACACUGAGAGUACUGUACAAUUUGUUUACCAAAUACAGGAAUGUGGAAUGAAGAAUUGAUUUGAGUCAUAAAGGAAUGUUAACAAAGAAAGCAUCAUAACUAACAUGUUGUUCUUGAGUAUUCCUCUGCAUCUUCAUCCUAAAAGGAUCUUAACCCUUUAUCUGAAGAGUUUUUAAUUAUUCUUGCACUAUUAUAUUCAUAGUAGAGUUGAAAUUAAUAUAAUUUAUGAAGAAAAAAAAGUUUGGAGGAAGGUAUUUGGGUAUAUUCUGGAAGAAUUAAUGUCUCAGUAGUAACUAUCUUCACACUGUUUUGUAGUAGGUGGAGCAACAAUGGAAGAAAGAUUUAGUAACUAAUUCAAAUUGGCCUUUGAGGCCAGUCAUAGGAAGAUUCUGUACCAGUUAUAUAUUUUAAUGUUUUUUAUGUAUAUAUUUUCUAACAUGGGAGUGGAAGAAUAUUUUCUAUCCACAAUAAGAUGGUUGCAUUCUAAUUAUGAAAAAUGAGAAACAGCUAAUACUCUUGUUCACAUCACAGCUAAAAAGGAGAGACUUUCUCAAGCACUUAACCUGAUUAAUUUAUAUUUCCAGUGCUAUUAGGCUUGAAUUUUAUGGGUACAGAUUGAAGCGGCUACUCAUUCCUUCAGGCUUACUAUAAUGUGAUACUCUACUUUUUAAAUAUGUGUAUUGAGCAUCCCACAUGAGCACACUUUGCAGCUUGUCACUUGGUUUUCUUCAGGGAAGAGAUCUUCUUUGCAAAGUACCUGUUUCAGGAAAACAUACCUGUAUAAUACAGUUUCCUUAUAAUAUUUGUAUUGUUAUAUAGUGUUAGAAAGUAAAAUAAUGGCUUGUUUUUCUUUUAGUAGCUUAAACAUGGGAUUACCAGGUAGCAAAUUUAGAUUUAUUGCUAAAUAAGAUUUAGAGUUUGUUCUUUUGGUGGAAUCUAUGAUGCAGCAAAUAAUUUCUAAAAACAUCCCUGUAGCCUUUCAGACACAAAAGCACUAUCAUUUGGUCAAAACUACUCCCAACUGCAAAGACUCCGUAACAGUAGAAGGUUCUUUGGUCAUUUUCCAUGGCUAUAAAUAAUACUGCUGUCAAAUCAUCACCAAGUAUAAGCUGUUAGAUCUGUUUGUUUUUAGCUUUAACAAAGACACAAAAGAGAAAUAGGAGUUGAUUUUUUUCCCUUUGACCAAUAGCAAAAAAAGAAACUGAUAGACCCUGCCUGAAUUGUCAAAAGCUGCACUGGCAUAAGCUGAAGAGUAAAUUAAUCAUUUGCUGAAGGUCUUAAUGUUAGUAUUAGAUACCUUUCUAAAUGAAGCAUUCCAAUGCACCCACGGGUUUUUGUGAUCCUGGAUUACACAGUAAGGAAAAAAAUCUUUAGGCAGAAAUUACUGGGUGACUGUUCAGAAAUACUUGGACUGCUUAGUGCAGGAAGGAGACUUGUUAACAGUCAUCUGAUUAUGACAGAACUGAUUGAUAUAGGUAAAAGGGAAAGCAAUCUGCCAGCUCUGGAGUCUGUUCAUCUUAAGAAAUGCAGUGCUGGCAAGAACAGUCAAUAAGAUCUAGCUGUUACUUAUUAUGUAAAGCAUUACAUAUUUUUCAAUUUUCCAGGGCUCUUUUUUUUAAAAAAGUGUAGAGCUUACCAGUGCAACAUUGGCAUAAAGGGAACACAAGCAAUUACUUUCUGUCUUUGAACACUAACUUUGAACACUAACGUUAACAAGACGAUACGAACUUCUGCUGGGGGAGCUACAGAAAUUAUUCUUCUGAGAAGGAAGUAUCAACUUUUGCAAAAGAAAGUAUUUCAUUCAAAGGACAAUACCUGGAUGCUCUCUGAACUCAGAAAUUGUCAUCUGAUUGUUAUAAGCAUUCCAAAUAUCUUUAUAAAACAUUUUAUUACCUCUGUAUUUUUAACCGAGUUUCUGAAAUUAGAGGUACAGAACGUAACAAUUAUUUGCCUUUUACAGAGGGAAAUAACUGGACAUUUUGACCCCAGUGAAAAUGAACUUUUUUGUGUGUAUUUUUAAUAUCUUUGAAGCCAAAAGAUAGGAAUUAACCAAGCAUUUCGUGAGCAAACUGAGACAGAACUUCUCAUGUAUAUACCAGUAGCAGUUUCAAUUUAUGUUAAUGUUUAACAUGUAAGUUUUUCAUUUGCACACCUAGAUUUGUAGUAGUUGUAACAGUUAAUUAAAAAUAUAUGUGAUAUUUUUUCUGCAGGUUGUGCUCAUCUGAAACACUCUUUUACUUCUCAACAAUGCCAAAACAGUUUGUUUGUCCUUAUUUUCAGGAGUGCAUUUUCUUUAAAGAAGAAAUUUAUAUAUGUAAAGGAAAAAGGUUAGGAACAAUGAAACUGGUUUUUGCCUGGACUUGAAAAUAAGUAUUUCCUAUGCUAUAUUGGUAUAACAUUAUUAGAGAUUUUGAAGUCUGUCAGACUCCAUUUUCCAUCCUUAAAAACAUAAAAUUGAGAGAGAAUGAUGAAAUCCUCAUGCUGAAAUACAAUUUUGCAGAACCAUUGAAAUGUUUAAACAAUAUCCAACCUUCACACAAUUAUCUAUCCUAUGGUAAGAAUUUAUAUAAAUAAAAAUCUGCUAUAUAAGCAAGAAUGUUCUAUAUAAGUAUAGACUCAUUGAUAGUUUUAACACAUUCACACAAAUAGCAUAUGCUGCCAUUUAGAAGUGGGUCACUGCUUGUAUUUUUGACAGUGUAGAUUUAAAUAACUCUCAGAUAAAAAUGAAAUCUAAUAUACAGAUUAUAUCUAAUAUUUAUUGCUUUGAUACAGAGUAUUAUAGAAAUUUAGAAUACUACUGUAGAAAGAUUGCUCAUCAGCCAUGAGUGUAGGCCAGCACCUUCUUCGGGAAAGUGAAAUAUUAGCUGGACCAAAUUCUGCUGACACCCACAAUGCUUUUGUUCGUGAUACACGGUAGUGUAUACUGAUGUGCAGGGUUUUCCUCACUGUUUAUAUUAAGAUAGAAGUUGUUUAAGUUUUAGGUCAGUCUGGUUUUAUUUAUAAUUACUUUAGAUGAUUAAAUAUAUUCCAAUCAAUGGAUUUAGCCCAUGUAAAACACAGUCACCUGGAGAGCCCUUUUUCUCUCUUGGUCCCAGAGGGAGCCUUGAGGCUGCUAUCGCAGUGCUUUGUCUAGGUUUAUAAAGCCAGGCCAUAUGAAUCAAGGCUGCUGCCUUAAGAUCUCAUGGCAGUAUUUGUAUCUCUUCCACCAAACCAAUGUGCUUGUCUGUUGUGCUCUGUUACUUGAAGGCCCAGAAGUAGCUGAGUCCACCACACACUGGCAGAUUAUUAGUCUGCCUUGUGUAACAAACAAGUAGUAAACAUUUCUGCUGCUGGGACAUUGUGAAACUGCCAAAAGAACAGAGCUUUCUGGGCUUCUCUGACUUGUAAUCCAUCCAUUUCAUCCAGCAAUAUGGUUAUCCAGAUUUGUUUUGUGGUUGGAGAUAGGCAUCCUGCCCUAUUGAUUGAUCUUGGCAUGCUCUGUCAAGCACAUAAAACUUUUCUUUUCAAAGAAGAGUUACAAAUUCUUAAUAAUACAUCAAAAAGGUGUUGUCAAAAUAAUGAUCUAAAAUCUUGAGGUUACCUCCUUUCAGAUUUCUUUCUCACCUGACUGGCAUUUACUUGCCUUAAAGAACAGGCGAAAAAAAAAAAGGUAUUGAAUGAAUCUUAGCAUAAUUUUACCUAAGACACACAUAAAGUCCAGAAUUGGAUUGCUCUUUAUUUCUGAUGGAGUACAGUCACACUGAGUUUCUUACUAAAUGAGCUGACUGCAGGAUGUCUAGUCCUUUACAUUUCUUAGUAGAUGUCUUCCUGUUAUAGGGGGGCAGCAGCCCUUGCAGCUCCAUAGUUCAGGAAUUCAAAUGGACCACUGAGUGCUGGAUAAGGUUCUAAUCCAUUUUGUUUGACUGUGGACCAAUUUGCUGACUGGCAUAUCUAUCUCCAUGUAAACCAAUGGUAUUAAUGCAAUGGAGCAUUUAGUCCUUUCUGUUUAACAGAGGGUUACAGUACUUGGGAAUGGUUUGUGUCCAGGCAGACUAUAUUGUUUGAGGUAAAUGAUACUUGAUUGGCUUUUGUUCUUAAUUAUUUUCUUAAAGUAUGUUCUCAAAUUAAUGUUUCAGAUUAAUUGAGCAGACACCUUACUGUAAGCCAGUGUUGAAAGGAGAAUGGCUUUUAAAGUAAUGGGGUUUAUUUCAUUAGAUAAAGAUAUAUAUAUAUUAUAUUUAAUAUAGUAGAUAUUAGUUUUAGGUCUAGUUUAUUCUUGUCUUUCUGUCAAAACAGCCUUUGUGAAUGGCCUGUGCCAGCACCCAAAGAAAGAACAGUGCCUUGAAGACCUCUUACAAGAUUUUUCUACACUGUUACCUAAUAGGCUUUUGUCAUUUUACUAAAAGAAUUAGUGUGGGUUUUCUCUUUACAGUUCAAGUACAAUUAAAGGCUGAAGAAAGCCUUUGUAGAAAGGUAUAACUCAAGUAAGAUAUUUUGUUUUGAUGUAUCCCAUGAAAAAUGGAGAUAGCACCAAAAUUCCAAAACUGUGCGUGCCUCAGCAUCUGCAGAUUUUUCCAAAGAGGUUUUGAGUAAUUUAACAUUUACUAGGGCUAAUUUUAUGUAUUUUGACAGUAUUUUCUGUGUGACUGGUUUUUUUUGCAGUGAGAUUUUAUUUUCUGCCCAACAGUUUGGUCCUGUACACCCUGUGAUGUUCAUGUCACAGAAAUAUUUCAUUCCCAAUUUCAAUGUCAGACUAGUUGAGAAAAAUAAUUUUUGCAAAAUUUGCUUCUUAACAUGUGUAUCUGAAAAUAAUACUUUGUUUAAGCUGCCCUGCCAUAAACUGCAGAGUUGAUAGUUUUCACAGAUAUAUUUUAUGUAUUUUGUAAGUAAGAGACACUGUUGCUGAUUUUUUUCCUGUGCUUUUUCUGAAACCUUUGUUAUGAUCCACAAUAAAAUUUCCACCUGAAAAUCAA